AAUAAUAAAGUUUGUUGGGCCCAAUAGGAAACUCGGAUCGGAGUUAGGAGAGCAUUGAAAUAAAAUAUAAUAAUAAACAAGUAAAAUUAGAGUAGAGGAAGCGAGUAAUAGGGUUUUGUUUGGCGGCCAGACACUGACAGAGCUAGAGCAGUGGUUUUUGUUUUGGGGAACAAAGAGAUCCGGUCGGGGCUAAGAACAUGGUAGACAAGGCAAGCAAAGGAAGAAAGGAGGAGGUUGUCACCAGAGAGUACACCGUCAACCUCCACAAACGCUUGCAUGGAUGCACAUUUAAGAAGAAGGCUCCGAAGGCCGUAAUCGAGAUUAGGAAGUUUGUCCAGAAGGCCAUGGGGACAACUGAUGUCAGAGUUGAUGUAAAGCUCAACAAGCAUGUAUGGAGCCGUGGGAUCCGAAGUGUGCCAAGGAGAGUUCGUGUCCGUAUUGCAAGGAAGAGAAAUGAUGAAGAGGAUGCGAAGGAGGAGUUUUACUCUCUGGUAACUGUUGCAGAGAUUCCUCCAGAGGGUUUGAAGGGUUUGGGAACAAAGGUGAUUGAUGAAGAAGACUGAAACAACAUACCUACUUAGAUCUUUGUUAAGUAGUUUCAAAUUUUGGUAUUUCUAUUUAGUUAAGAUAUUUUGGGUUUUUCUUUGUUUUCUUUUUCAAAUCUGGUGGGAUUCUAUUGUUCAUCUUGAACUUAAUUGUGUUUUCUCAAUGGUACUGAAAUAGGCGGCAGCUUCAUCUGAGGAUUACUUUUCAUUUGUCUGACAAUGUGGUUUAGUGAUUGUUUGAUGGUGUGUUGGGAAAGAGGGAUUUGAUUUCUUUUGUGCUUUUUCUGUUGGUUGGAUAUGAAAAGUACUUGAGAUGAAACAGCUUGUGCUCUGUGAUGCAUUUUAUUGUGAUGAGCUAUCGAGGGUUUCUUUUUUUUUUUUUAUAUAUAUAUAUAAUAAACUUUAGCUAGAUGGGUGGGUCAGAGGUGAUAGAACAGUUAUCGCGGCGGCACAAAUAGUUACUUGCCUAUAUCUAUUGCUUGCUCAGGUACAAGAGUGGAUAACGAUCCUUCUGGGAUUAGUUUAGUACCAGAUACAAUAUACUUCUUCAGUCUUUACUAGUAAAUAAGCACUGUGACGAUAAGUAGCGUAGUUGCUUUCUUUGUAGUUUUCAGUUUUCAAGUUUCCCCACAUUUCUUUCUUGAAUCACAAAUCUAAUAUAUAUGUCUUUUCCUUUUUUCACUCCAUCAAAAAAUUUAGACCAUUGUUAUAAAAUAAGCAAUAAUAAUAACGAGUUGCAUUUGUAUAUGUUUUUUAGUGGUGAGCGGUUGAAUAGUGUUUUUUUUUUAAAAUUUGUAAUCUAUUUUUCACCUCAUAAUU